CCGUUACAAGACGACCUUUCGAGAUGCGGAUGGUAUGCUUUGCGGGUUUCGGCCUGACGGUGCUUCCGGCGGCCUUCACUCGUAGAGUAAAGUCGGCUUUGGGGCAUCUUUCGGGCGUGUUUAGCUGGCUUGACGACAUUCUCAUCGCUAGCGACACACGGGAAGAACAUCUCGCCACUCAGACGCUCGUUAUGAACCGCCUUCUGGCUUCGGGGCUGUCCGUAAACUUCGCGAAGUGCAUUUUCGGCGCAGCAUCGCAGGAGUUCGUCGGCACGAUCAUCGACAGCACGGGCCUGUACCCUGCUCCAUCUAAGGUAGAUGCAAUCGCACGCAUGCCUCGCCCACACACCGUAGAAGAGCUGCGCACGUUUCUGGGUCUCACCGGCUACUUGCGUCAGUUUGUACCCAACUACAGUUUGACUGCCGCUCCGCUCGCCAACAUCCUGCGCAACAAAGCCUUCGCUUCGAAACGUGCACGCAAGCUUCCUAUCCAGUGGUCCGCAGCUGAGGAAGACGCCUUCCAGUAUUUACGAGAAACGUUGGCUUCCCCGAAGGUCCUCGCUUUCCCUGACCUUGAGCGUCCGUUCGAACUGCACACGGAUGCUAGCACGCUGGGUGUAGGUGCUUCGCUCAUGCAGACAAUCGAUGGUGUCACCAGAGCGGUGGCGUUCGCGAGCCACCGGUUUUCACAAACCGAUGCUAGACGCGGGCACACGGAACGAGAAUGCAUGGGGGUCCUCUGGGCGGUAGAUCACUUCCGGCCGUACCUAGCGGGUAGACGGUUCAAACUGGUGACAGACUGUUCUGCCCUCACAUGGUUGUUCCGAAGCCGUGAACUCUGCCCCACGCUGCACAGGUGGGCGCUGCGGCUGAUGGAGUACGACCUGGAGCUGGAAUGGAAGGCGGGGGUAGAGCACGUAGUGCCCGAUGCUUUGUCCCGGUUGCCCGUGGCGAACCCGGUAGAGAGAGGGCGACGUCGACGAUUCGUUUCCGGAUGA